UUAUUGAGUACAGCAUCGGUUACCAGCACUCCACAGUAACAUGAGGGCAUGAGGAGGCAGGGAGCUAGAAAGAGGGGGAAAGGCUGACAGAUGAGUAGAAUGAAGAACAGAACAGAGGGAGUGGCGCAGAAAGGCAGGAGCAGCUUGUGUGUGUGUGUGUGUAUUUGGAGAAAGAGAUCAGAAAUCCAAGAGAAUCAGCUCACACAGAAUAGAGUCGUCCCUCAGUGACAGAUCUGAAAUCAGUGAGGAGAAACAACAGGGGCAAAGAUACAGAGCUGUCGAGGCAGAUGAAGACAGAACGACUGGCUGACAAAAUCGUGAAAAAGACAAUAGAGGAAUAUUUCUCUCUAGGUUGUUUGACCAGGCUGGUUUCCACGGUGACAACAUGGGUGCAGUGGUGGGCACUUUGACCAUGCAAACCAAGCAGAGGAGGAGACCAUCCAGAGAUAAAACAGAUGAUGAGCUUGAGAUGACAACGGUGUGUUACAGGCCAGAGGGUCUUGAGCAAUUGGAAGCCCAAACUAAUUUCACCAAACAGGAGCUGCAGAUCCUCUAUCGUGGUUUCAAGAAUGAAUGUCCAAGUGGUGUGGUGAAUGAGGAAACAUUUAAACACAUUUACUCACAGUUCUUCCCUCAUGGAG